GAAGCGAAAAAGUACAGACAGCGAUAAUCGGGUGUCUAGUCGCAGAAAGGCUGUUAAGAUGUUGGUGGUGAUUGUGGUGGUGUUUGCACUGUGCUUCCUGCCUAAUCACACACUCAACAUUCUAAGAUACCUGGAGCAACUGAGGAAGGUUCCAAACCUGAGGAUGUUUGCUCUCAUCGCUCACUGGUGUACAUUCUUCAACAGCUGCAUCAACCCAAUUAUCUACAGUUUUAUGAGCGACAAGUUCCGCAAGGAGUUUCGUGUUGCGCUCUCUCUAUGUUGCCACUGUGGUAAAGCCAGUACUCCAAGGGGAUCAAUGGUUCGUUACCAAAUGACUGCCGCCAACACAAGGAACUUAACUGUGAAAAUCAGCAAACAGUAA